UUAAGUAUUUGAGGGGCGGAGGGUGCUGGGUAUGUAGGGAGGAAUGCAGGAAACUAUGUACAGACUUUCCCAGUCCUAUACAAUGAAUGAGAUGACAAUGUUGGUUAAAUCAAGAUACUGACGCGGACAUGUAAGAGAACAACAAGGGCACCGGCAUGUCAAAAUAGAAGUUAGACAAAUUAUAUCUUGUUACUUAAUAAAUCGUCAAAAUGGGAAUAUUUGACUCUCUUGCAAAGUGGCUGGGAUUGAAGAAGAAAGAGGCCAACGUUCUUGUAGUAGGGCUGGACAACAGUGGAAAGACUACUAUCAUUAACCAGUUAAAACCAGCAGAGUCCAAGUCGCAUGACAUAGUACCAACUAUUGGUUUCACAGUGGAGAAAUUCUCAGGAAAAUCCCUAUCCUUUACGGCCUUUGACAUGUCAGGUCAAGGUCGUUAUCGCAACCUUUGGGAGCACUAUUACAAGGAAUGCCAAGGCAUAAUCUUUGUCAUCGAUAGCAGUGAUCGGUUACGCAUGGUGGUCGCUCAGGAAGAAUUAGAACAGUUACUCAAUCAUCCUGACAUUGUGGGAAAACGCAUACCCAUUCUUUUUUAUGCCAAUAAGAUGGACAUGAGAGAUGCAUUGUCCGCUGUAAAAGUGGCCCAUCUCCUGAACUUGGACAAAAUCAGUACAAAGCCGUGGCAUAUAUGUGCAUCUAAUGCAUUGACAGGAGAAGGGCUCAGUGAAGGGGUAGAAUGGAUAACGGGGCAACUGAAAGAAAUUGUCAACGCCAAAUGAAGUGUUAGUUAGUUGAUGUACAAAGCACUUUAUAGUGGUUGUUUGUUUGGCCAAUGAAAUAUUGUUAUUGACCUGUUCAUGAACAUGUACUUAUUUACUUUCAGAGAACUGCAUUGGAAACAUGACCUAAAUGUGCACACACACUUAUCUUAGUGAUUUCUGUUAUUGAUGCCAGGUUAUUAUAGAACUCAUGUCACUAAAACUCUCGUUAAUAUUGGUACUUUUUAUCUUGUAUAUUGUUGACAAAAUGAAAAGGUUAUCAUUAAUUUUUUUGUAUUGACAUUUAAGCAACUUCCCUAUUUCAUGGUGUACCAAACAGCCAGUAUACAUACUACCUGCCAAUUGAUCUAAAAUUGGCCACUAUUGUAGAUUCAUCUAGAAAUCAUAUAUAAUUAAAUUAAACAACUUUGUUAUAAUGAAGUGAUGAUCUGUCGCAGAUGAAGUUCAAGGUUAUGUUCAUCAGAGCAGGUGCUCGUAAGUGCUCACCUAAAUUCCCUAUCCCUAUAACAUACAGCUGAAAAAAUUUGAUAGAUGGAUUCCAAAUGUGUAUUGAAAGGGAAUUUAUCAUCAAAAUAAGGAUGAGAAAAUCUGUUUCCUAUACAAAGCUUACAGUUGAUAUUCCAUCCAAAAGUUAUGUCCGUCCCGAUCCUCACAAACAUAUCAAUAUCUGGUUGUUAUCUACAUUUUAUUUUUCAGACUUGUAUUUUUUCAAGAUCACAUGAUAUGUAUGGAUGGUAAAUGUACUACAAAGCAUGAAAUGAAAUAAAUAUUCUACUGCAUUUACAUGUAAUUUAACUGAAUUUUUUAUUCUUUAUUUUAUCAAUGAAACAAUUUAUUCGUGAUCUGAAAUGUUUGGAGAUUUAUGAUAUAUUUUACAGUACUGAUAUCUAGGAAAAAUGAAGAGAUAUUGAUGCUUCAGCUUCCACACUUUGAUAAACAUUUCAUUUGAC